AUGCUGGGGAGAAACAGUGAGAGUCUAGUGAGGUGGCUGAAAGUGCGUUCUCUUUUGGUUGCGAGACGACAGAGCACGAGCAGUCAUUUGGAAAACAAGUUUACAUCACCGACACCAUAUUUUACAUCAAUUCCACACUCAAAUGGCGGUCAGGACCGCCUAUGUGAAGCUACUGGUGGAUUGAACCUGCUGGAAAAGAGUAUUCGGAGGACGAAUACGCUGAAUAUGUCGCCCAAUUUCGGUUCAAAUCAGCUGUUAAGGAUCGAUAAAGAGUUAGAAGACGAGAUAAAUUCGAUUGUGAAUCAUUUUAAACAACCCAUAGCGUUUGCCUUUGGGUAUGGAUCCGGUGUCUUCCAGCAGGCUGGAUAUGGCAUUGAUACAAAACCUCAAAUCGAUCUGAUAUUGGCAGUGACGGAUCCAAUGAAGUUUCACGCCGUUAACAUGAGAGAAAAUCCCAAUCACUACUCAUCAUUGAAGUAUUGUAGUGCAUCAAUGAUGGAAAAGCUGCAAAAUAUGGGUCCUGGUAUCUAUUUUAAUCCGUACAGUGAAAUAAACGGCCGUGACGUGAAGUAUGGGAUAGUUUCAGUGCAAAAUCUGAUAAAUGAUCUUAAAGAUUGGCGUUGGUUCUAUUUAGCCGGUAGGUUACAGAAGCCGGUAAAGAUUUUGAAAUGUAAUGACAACAGGAUCAUUAAUUACAAUCAAUUGAAUUUGAAAUAUGCUGCUACCCUAGCAAAACAACUGACAUUUAAGAAAUACAAUGACUUUGAUCGUUUCAAAUUUUUUGAGGAAAUCACAAGAUUAAGUUACCUUGGUGAUGUGAGGUAUGCACUGGGAGGAGAAAACCCCAACAAGAUAAACAACAUUGUAUCGAAAAAUUAUGAUUUUUUCAAUAUAUACUAUGAACCAAUUAUUAAGGAUGUUAUUAUGCAUAACAACAACUAUCUACCGGAUGGGUUUGAUUUAGAGAACGCCACUAGUCUUUUGACUAGCAGGAUCAGAAGGUCAAGUGUUUUACAAACAAUUAAAGGAGUUUUUACCGCUGGUACAACAAAAUCAAUCAAAUAUGCAUGGAAUAAAAAAUUAAAGGCAUGGAAGUCGAAAUGA